AUGGCUUCACUUCCCAAUUUCCUUACCCCUGCCGGCCACUCCCGCUUCGAAUUAAACGCGCUCCUAAACUCCUCCGUGUCAGCCGCAGACGCCGCGAUCACGAGAUUCAACCUCCAGAAGCAUACCAUAAGAACAUAUGGCUCCCCUGACGAUCUCGCCAACGAUCGAGAAACCGACCUCAAACUCACGAGCACCAGAACCGAUAAGCACUACGAGGCCACGCUUGCGAGUAUCAAAGCGGGGAAAGACGCAUAA